UUGUGAAAUAUGUUUCUAAUAUAAUUAGUUGUUAUUAUAACAAUUUUCAAAAUCCUGGCACUAUUUUUUAUUUACUUUUUUCUCAAUUAAAUGUGACUGCAUUUCGUGAAACUCCAUAAUAAGUUGUUUUAAUUCUAAAUGGUAAUGACUUUUAAACAAGCUUGCAAAUCUUUUCAAAAAUUGGUAGGUGAGUUUAUGAUAAUAUCUACUUAUUUACAAAGUUUCAAACAUCUGUCACUAUUUAGAUCUAUAGCCAGUAUAACCUUAACCGAAAGACGUGGAUAAUUUAAUUAGAGAAUAAAGCGCCUAAUACUCCUACCAAAGGCUCCUACCAAAUUCGGAUUCUAGGAUAACUAAGAGUAUAGUAAAUGCUAAUUAAUAUUAGAAAAAUUUAGUAAUAAAUCAUAAAGUACAGGCUGGAACGUUUGAUCCUAAACAUAUAUCAAUGAAAAAUAUUAGUUAUCAGUACUUUUCAAUAUUUAUUAUAUACAUUUAAGUAAUUUCUAACAAUUAUUCAUUUCAGAACAUGAAAUAUUUUUUACUUCGAAAUCGGAACAGGUGCAUAGAGUUGAUCAGCAAAUAUUUCAGUGCACAACAGAACUAGAUUUUCGUAAGCCAUAAUACAGUAACAAUAAUAGUGACUUAAUGAUAAAAAUUAUUAUACUGGAUUAAACAGAGUCUCAACUUAUCUAGUUUCCAUACCGAUGGAAUAUUUUAACGAAGAGAAAUAAGUUACAGAUAAAUAAUAUCAUGUAUAUGGAGUUUGCUUAGAAACAAUCUGCCAAAACUCUACGCGUCAACAGAUAUCUUGUGUAUAUAUAAAUAUUCCAAGCCUCUUAGAAUAAAGGUCAAAGUCUAUAAUAUAUACUGACUAUAUUUUCCCCAAACUCUUGUCAAACUUUGAUUGUAAAUUAUCUAAUAAACUAAUAAGCAUCGUAACAUGAUACAGAAUUGAGGAAGAACAUUUAGUGUGAAUACCCAAUAGGUCUCUCUCCAUGGUCCGUGCUCUGCCAUGACCAUAAACGCACGACCAGCGCAAUUUAGAAGAGUCUUUAUUGUUACAAGUUAAACUGGUUUUUAACGAAGCAGAUAAUAUCGACUAAUGAGUGAACAAGUUCAAAUUGUUUCCACUGUUGCAAUGGCGUCAGCAACAAGCAAAUCGAAUACCGGCAAAGCAAAAUCAACAGUAUCAAAAUCAAGUGCUGUUGCUAAGCCGACGCAUCCACGGACUUCAGACAUGGUGAACGCAGCCAUAUCUGAUCUUAAGGAACGUGGUGGUUCGUCUAUCCACGCGAUCAAGAAAUAUAUUACAUCGACGUACAAAUUGGAUUCAGAGAAGCACGCACUUUUUAUCAGAAAAUAUCUAAAAGCUGCUGUGGAUUCUGGAGCUCUUAUACAGACAAGAGGAAAAGGAGCAUCGGGAUCGUUUAAGCUGUCGUCAGUCAAAUUGGAGACAAAGAAACCCGAAGGUAAAAUAAUUCCGAAAAAAGUUCCGGCUCCGAAAAAAGUGACAGUUGCGAAAAAGUCGGCUGCGCGAAAACCUGUUCCCGCGAAGAAGAAUGAUACUCAGAAAAAAGUCAUCGCGAAGAAAACUCUGAGGAAACCUGUCUCGAGGAAGACUGUUAUUGCCAGUGUUACCCCCAAGAAAGGAAAGAAAAUAUCUGAAGUUAAGAACAGGAAAGCUAAGUCAUCGCCAAAGGCUAAAAAAUCUAAUAAAGCAUCUGUAGUAAUGCCUAAAGUUCCAAAACCUAAGAGAGUCGCUUCUGCAUCUAAGAAUGUGAGGGCUGUUGCGAAAAAGUAACUCUAUACGCAGACUGUACUGCGUAGAUGUUGCCAACAUAAAAGGGCCCUUUUCAGGGCCACCAAAUUAUUCGUACGAAAGAACAAACAUGGUUUUCAUAUUUCAGUAAACUUCCAUCUGAAACAUACGUUGCUCAUAAAAGUAAAUAAUCUUUACUUAAAAGAUAAGUAAAAUAUAGUUAUUACUUUCACGAA